GAAGAGAAGAGAAGAGAAGAGAAGAGAAGAGAGUAGAAGAGAGGGGAAGAGAGUAGAAGAGAGGAGAAGAGAGGAGAAGAGAAGAGAGGAGAAGAGAAGAGAGGAAAAGAGAGGGGCAUGUCCUGGCCAGGUUCCCAGCUGAGGAGCUAGUGAUCGCUGCAGCAGCUCUAGAUCCACACACUGGCCCUCAUUCAGCACACUGGACACACACCAGCACACACACCUCUCGCUGGACACACACCAGCCCAGCCCAGCAGACACACCUCUCACUGGAGAGGGAGGGAGAGCGAGAGAGAGAGGUAGAUGUGUGUGUGUGUGUGUGUGUGUGUGCGCGCCCUCAUGAAGGAAGAAUGAUCGGGACGUUUAGAGGUGUGUGUGCUCUGUUAUGGCUCCUUUCCCUGGGGGAGUGUAGGAUUCCAGAAUUCCAGGUGAGCUGUGUGAUGUCAGAGGCCUGCGUGCUGCCCUGCUCGUUCACGCCCGCUCCUGAUGUGCUCAUCCGCUGGUACAGACAGGAAGUGCUCAUCCUCAGCUUCCUGCCAGCAGAGGGCCAGCAGGGUGACCACGCCAACGUGUCGUUGUUCAGGGACCAGGUCGCCCAUGGCAACGCUUCCCUCCUCCUGCAGCACAGCUCCCCUGCAGCCAGGGGGCGCUACACAUGCCGGGUCAACUCCAGCGCAGACGACGGCGCCAUGGUGACCGUUAGGGUGGAAGCUCCCAUCAGUGCUGUGAGUAUUAGCCUGAGGUCUGAAGAGCAGGUCAUGUGCGAGACCAAGGGGGUGUACCCGGCCCCCUCCAUCCAGUGGGCCACGGCCCCCCCCUCGCCCCCCUCCCUGCUCCGCAGCUCCACGCGCGUCAUCCCGGCCCCCGGGGGGCGCUACGACCUGGACAGCACACUGACCCACCGGCCAACGCACGCCACGUACAUCUGCAGCAUCAAGGCCAAGUACUCACCGCAGCUGUGGACGGCCACGCUCACGGAGGGAGCGGAUAUCGUGGUGAAGACUGACGAAAGUGUGCUGGUGCCCUGCGUGGCUCCAAAGGGCUUCACGCUCCAGAACUUCACGCUCUCCUGGACGUUCAGCCGCAGCCGUAGUGACGACCCCGGCGAUGACCCCAGUGUCCUGCUGACCUACGACAGUCGCACGCGGCGGCCCAGCAUGCCCUGGGAGGGCGGCGUGGAGCUGGACCCGGAGCAGGUGCUGCUGGGAAACGGAUCUCUGCGUCUACUGCGUCCAGACAGUGUGGAGAACACGGGCCGCUACACCUGCUCCUUCUCCGCCCCCCACACCACUCACCUGAUACACACCUGGGUCAACAUCACCGCAACACACACCGCAGCCAUGACCGGCCACAAGGAGUCGGAGCUGUGGAUCGUUGCUGUGGUGGUGGCUGUGUUGGCCCUCCUGGUCAUCGCCAUCCUGCUCUGCAAGAGACGAGCAUCUCGUUCUAAGCGGAAGGAUGUGACGAUUGAGGACCCAGAGACUCAGCCCAUGCAGACAGUGAGACCUGUGGGGGAGUCCACAGUAGAGUCCAGCCAUCUCACAGAGAACGUGAAGGACACGUACACCUAAUGCUGGCCCCGGCGGAGAAGAGUCCGGAACCUUCCAGAGGGCCCACUGAUGUCCAUGCCAUGCCCACGCCUGAGCACUCAAGCCCACAGCACCAGGAGGAGUGGACGCUCACAGCCUUCUCUUCAAACAAACUACAAACUGGGGAAUUAUGGGAAACAGCACCAGGAGGAGUGGACGCUCACAGCCUUCUCUUCAAACAAACUACAAACUGGGGAAUUAUGGGAAACAGCACCAGGAGGAGUGGAAGCUCACAGCCUUCUCUUCAGUCAAACUACAAACUGGGGAAUUAUGGGAAACAGCACCAGGAGGAGUGGAAGUUCACAGCCUUCUCUUCAAACAAACUACAAACUGGGGAAUUAUGGGAAAUGCAAUAGUGUUGCAAAGGUACUUUUUCAAAUUAGAUCCCAAAGGCGGGUUAUAGCUGGGGCUCAGCUGAAACGUUGUGUAGGCGGAGAGUAUGUUGCAGUGGUCAGCUUCCACUAGAGCCAAUAGAACUGGCUACACCAGACGCAAGAGUGCUGGGAACAAUCGGAAACAUGUCAACUAUUUUCACGCAAACGGAACCCUUCAGUUGCGCUCCUGAGGUGCAUUCAAGUUCACAAACAUAGGCGAACGUUUGCGAACGUUUGCAAACAGUUUUCCGUUAGCCUUGAGUUUUUGGCGAACGUUUGCUAACAAUCGCAAAUUUACCUGUUCAAAGAAAACAUGUUCCCCACCGACGUUCGCCACUGUUUACCAAAUUUGAACGCACCUCCGGUGGAACGGACCUCUGCUGUAAAUUUCACACCAGAUUUGAAUGUUCUAGAAUUUCCUCUGGAGCUAUCAGAGAAGAGAAUGUUUUAGGGUUCUGUGUCCUCACAAGAUGAUUCCAAAGUGUUAGGGUGUUACGUUUUCUUCACUGCUGAUGCCUUCUGGCCAGACACACAAAGGAACUGCUAUGAUCUGAGAAGUUCAUUGCUGUUUCCUUAUUUGAGGAGUGCUGUUAUUCUUUGGACCAGAUAUUUUAUAUUCUGAGAAAUGAUAGCUAUAUAUUGUCUACAAAUAGUGAACAGUCCAACUGUGUUACAGGUUAUGAGAUAAAUAAAGUUACUUUUGUUUAUG